AUGCCAAGGCUGACUCGACAAAGCACGUAUCUCUCCUAUCACGGGGCUACCACCCCCGGAGCUGGCCCUAAUCCCUCGAUUGACUCAAACUAUGCCGCAAGAAACUGGAACUUCAACUUCAGUUUACCGGAGAUUCAAAAAAUUCUCCGCAAGCACAAGGUGUUCACCGUCGCGGAAGGUUAUGAGAUGCACAACCUUCCCAAAUUCCACGACCUUACGGCAUAUGGAAUAAGUGAGGACGACGAGUUGAAACUAUGGGAGGAAGAAGUGCGAAGAUUACUCGAUGCCGCAGACAUGGACAAUCCUCUUACGCUAAACAACGGCGCAUACCGAAAUAUUGAUGCAUUGCUCGGAAGCGUCGAUCAAGACGGCUAUUCAAAAUUAGAUAGGCUCUCGAUGCAGAUCGUGCAAGCACUCUCUGUUUGCGUCCAUGAUAGCCAACUGCUCCUCAUUGAAUUCUGUCCCGAACUGGCAAACUUCAAAUUUUUCGAAAUCGGUGAACAAAAGCUGAGGAACGAAUUCGACGUACAUGAAAGAAAAGAGAGGUACCACUCGUCUCUCCGCUUAGAGGAAGGUAACGAGGAAUGCUACCAUGCUUUAGUCGAUUACAUCACAGCGGUGCUGAUUCGGGUUCUGCUGAGAUCUGCUGAGGGCCCAUACUGGCAGCAUAACUGCAUUGCCUCAGUGGCUAAGCAUGCUGCAAAGUUGAAGGUCAUCGCCUUUGACCUCGCUGGGGCUAUCAGCACGUCUCUGCAGGCCGCAUCGGAAGUUCGACAUCGCAUGCUUCGCCAAAAGGACUCGCCUUCCAUGGUGAUGCCGGACGGUGACGAUAAAGAAAGCCCAUUUGAACGGCGUCGAAAAGCCUUACAGGGGGAUCGCUCUAACGCAAGCUUGAAGUACUUUCACCAGAUUCAUGUGUUUGAGCAGUCUAUUUUUGCUCUUUUGGAUGCCAUCAGCGUCAAUCUCGGGUCAGCUAAGAGAUCUGGGUUGCCAGUGGACGUCUUCGAGGCCAGUGCGCUUAUAUAUGAGACCUACGUGAAUGGCCGACUAACUCUGCUCUGUGGUGGGCGUGAUGGUUCGAUAGGGAUUACCUCUAAUCCUUUGGAAAUCCGCUGUGCGACCACGAUAUUUGAGGUAUGUCGAGAGACACUGAGACCACUCCAGAGGUCUCAACAAACAGCCGCGGCAGAUACCCAGUUUACGGAAAUCCAAUGGAAAUGGACAGAUCUCGGACAGGAUGGGAAUCUCAAGGGAAGCGACUCUGGAAAGAUUCUCUUUUACAAUAUGGACAGCCUAAUCACGGCCUUAGUGCCAUUUUUAAUGAUGGAUGGGAAGAUUGCCUUUCUCCUGAACACGUUCUUGACAGGGGCCUCCUUUUACACUGAUCCAACGGAGCCUGUUCGCCCUUUUGCCGAGAUCCGCUUUAUCGCUGCUUUUAGUAUAAGGACAAGUGCAUAUCGCGAGAAAAGAUCAGGUCUUAUAAGCGAGACCGGGGUUUGCUCAGUACCAAACACUCCGAUGUGGGCAAGAGUUGUUGCUACUUCCCACUGCUAUUCUCCCGAGGAUAAGCUGCGUCGGGACCGUGAGAAAGCAAUGGAAAGGGUCAAAGAGGGCAUGGACGCAAUGAGCCAGUGGACCAUGGACGAAAAAUCGAUCAUUGUUCCGUCUGCCUGGUAUUCUUGGAGUGUGCUAUCUGUCUGCGGGGUGCUCGUGGCCGGCGGUCUGGCCAUCGGCCUCUCUGUCGAGACCCGUAUCAGGGGGGUGGAUCCCUUCAAUAUUGCGAUAUUCUGUUGGGCUCUAGCAGGAUUUGUCAUGGUAGUUGCCAAAUCAGUACGUGUUGAAAAUUGGCCGUGGAGGGACUUUCUUCUCGGACAAGUUGUUUGUCGAUCUAUCACUGAGCUUCAUGCUGUGACAGGCGCCGAUGCUCAACUAAUACUUGCCCUUCUUCUCCGCUUCGAAUCCCGCAUACAGCUUCACACGCGCGGGCCAUUUCAUACCGUUUUCUCACGAAAGGCCGAUGAUGGUUUUUCAAUUGAUGAACCCAUGAAGACAUCGACUUUGAUUGAUGGGGGUUUGGUUUUUGUGCGAGUACAGAGUUUGGCGGGACCGGCGUUAGUCAGUAUUUCGGCCGGAUAUUUGGGCUGCUACAAUGAGGUCGCGCAUCAAGGGUCGACCGAAGAAGGAUCAAAGCCUAUAUGUCGGGACUUGAACGAGGUGGGACGCUGGGAGAGGGGCUCUGACGGACUUCCACUGUUAAUCAUCUUCUUUAUGUUCCUUGCUACAACUAUAUCGAUGGCUUCUCAUUUCUUUGUCCGGGUUUUGAUUGUAUUCAUGGCCUCCAAGCCCACUGAAACGGCCAAGAAAAUGCUAUCAGACCCAGUUACCACUGUUGAGGAUAUUGACUACGAUGAUCUCGCCUGGGAUGUCAGUGACCUUCUCUUUGAAGCUUGGAAAACCAGCAAGCUUCUGGACAAAACCCGAUUGUGA